GUCACUGUAGGUGGCACUAUAUGGGUAGGCAGCGAUAACGCCAAAUUCAGCGCGAGGGCUCAGUGUAGUUCGAAAUGACGGCGUUGGCCGGUCGCUGGAUUUUACCAGUGCUCCUGGUGAAUAGUCUCCAGCUGGCUCUUAGCAACCAAAAUGUCCAGAUCUGUGAUCCUAAUACCGUAGACACCAUUUACAACUAUGGUGCAGUAACUCUAAAUGGCAGCCGGUAUGUCCCCUUCAGUGAGUACAUGGGGAAAACUGUGCUCUUUGUCAAUGUCGCUACCUACUGAGGACUCACUCUUCAGUACCUUGAUCUGAAUGCACUACAUGAAGAGAUUAAAGAUUACGGCUUCACCAUUCUCGGGUUUCCCUGCAACCAAUUUGGGAAGCAGGAGCCUGGGGAUAAUCAUGAAAUUAUGUCAGCUUUAAAGCAUGUACGACCAGGAAAUGGAUUUGUUCCAAAUUUCACAAUGUUCCAAAAAGGUGAUGUUAAUGGAGAUGUCGAGCAAGGAGUCUUCAGAUUCCUUAAGAAUGCUUGCCCCCCUGUCGGAGAGAGUUUCGGGAAUCCCACCAACAGGUUAUUUUGGGAGCCUCUGAAGGUCAGCGACAUCAAGUGGAAUUUUGAGAAGUUUCUUGUGGGACCAAACGGCAAGCCUGUGAUGAGGUGGUUCCCCAGGGUCAAUGUGUCCGAUGUCAGGGCCAGUGUCCUCAGAUAUUUAAGCUUUUCCCAAACCCAGAGACGCCUUCCUCUCACCCGCUAUUAAACCCUCAUCUGUCAAUUCUUUUUAAAGGGGCCAUCUUACCUGCUUUCAUUUUCCAUAAAGGGCGAUUAAUAUAAAGUAAAUGUCUGAAUAUUCAAAGUCGUACUACUCAAAGCCAUCUAUGAUGCGAUCACUCUAUUCUGUGAUACGGGAGGUCUCAGGUGUAGGACAGUCAUGGAGGAUUUUGGCAUAUCUAUGAUGGUGAGGCUUAAAAGCAGUGAUACUGCAGAGCCUGACCUGAAAUUCUGGGGUCCAGAGCAGCUCUUUUAGUGCAUUCAAGCUGUCCUGGAAAUCCCUGCGGAAUGAUGCCACUUAACACCUACUGCCUGGAUCUGUCACCCUUCCAAAGUAUCACUCUAAUAAAGCAUACAGUGUAAA